ACAUCUCUUUUCUCUUGUAAAUCGUAUUCACGAUUGUCACGUCAAUUGUGUCUGGACGCAAAAAAAUUACAAAUUUUCUUGGAAAAUUGUGAAAACUUUAGAAGAAAACAUUACUGGAGUGUAAAAAAUGAGUGAAACUUUAGGUUCAUCAGCGGGUAGUCUGCACUUUGAGAAGCCACAAGUGCAAUUCAAUGAAAAUGGUUGGGGACCAUGCGAGUUGUCCGACACCUUUAAGGAUGUGCCAUAUCAGCCAUUUAGCAAAAGUGAUCGCUUGGGAAAGAUAUGCGAUUGGACCAACACAUCGAACAAUGAUAAGAAAUAUCAAAAUAAAUAUGCUUCCUCCUUUGGUACUGGCAAUCAAUAUGCCUAUUAUCAUGAAGAAGAUGAGACCACUUUCCAUUUGGUGGAUACUGCACGUGUGCAAAAACCACCCCAUCAACGUGGCCGCUUUAAUAUGCGUAAUCUACGCAAUUCAAGAAAUGCUCGUGGUCGCAAUGCUCGCGGUGGUGCCACACCCCAUAUGACCACUUUGGGUGGCAAAAAUGUCAAAGCCCGCGACAACCGACGUGGUGUCAAUAGGAAAUUUGGUGGCCGCAAUGCUCCUCCCAAAAUGCGUGAAUCUUCAGUUGCUGUUCGCUCUGAUUGGUCAUCCAUCGAAGAAAUGGACUUCCCCCGCUUGAUGAAACUGUCCUUGCCCAAUAUCAAGGAGGGUGAAGACAUAGUCACCUGUGGCACCUUGGAAUACUACGAUAAAAUCUAUGAUCGCAUUAACGUUAAGGGUGAGAAGGCUUUGCAGAAGAUCGAUCGUAUUGUUCAUACUGUUACAACCACCGAUGAUCCCAUCAUUCGUCGUUUGUCCAAGACUAUGGGUAAUGUUUUUGCUACCGAUGCCAUUUUGGCCACCAUCAUGUGUUCGACGCGUUCGAACUAUUCAUGGGAUAUUGUUGUCGAUAAAAUUGGUAAUAAGAUCUUCAUGGAUAAACGUGACAACACUGAAUUCGAUUUACUGACGGUGAAUGAAACCUCUGUGGAACCACCAACCGAUGAUGACAGCUCCCCUAACUCACCACGUAAUUUGGCCAUUGAAGCCACAUUCAUUAAUCACAAUUUCAGUCAGCAAGUAUUGAAGACCGGACCCAAUGAAUCCAAAUAUAAAUUCCAAGAAUCCAAUCCCUUCAUAACUGAAGAUGAAGAUAUUGAAGUGGCUAGCGUGGGUUAUCGUUAUAAGAAAUGGGAUUUGGGCAGUGAAAUUGUUUUGGUAGCCCGUUGUGAACAUGAUGGUGUUCUGCAAUCGCCCAACAGCGAACCCCAAUUCCUUUCUAUCAAGGCCCUCAAUGAAUGGGACUCAAAAUUGGCAAAUGGUGUGGAAUGGCGUCAAAAAUUGGACACUCAACGUGGUGCUGUUUUGGCCAAUGAGUUGCGCAACAAUGCCUGCAAAUUGGCCAAAUGGACUGUGCAAGCCGUGCUUGCUGGUUCCGAUCAACUUAAGCUAGGUUAUGUUUCACGUAUCAAUCCCCGCGACCCCUCACGUCAUGUCAUUUUGGGCACUCAACAAUUCAAGCCCCAUGAAUUUGCCACUCAAAUCAAUUUGAGCAUGGACAAUGCCUGGGGUAUCCUACGUUGUAUUAUCGAUAUUGUUAUGAAACAAAAGGAUGGUCGUUAUUUGAUCAUGAAGGAUCCCAACAAGCCCAUGAUUCGUUUGUAUGACAUCCCCGACAACACUUUCGAAAGUGAUGAUGGCGAUGAUGGUGAGGGUGAUGAUGGUGAAGCUUUCCAACCUGUUUAUGCAUAUGGAGGGGGAGCAAAGUAAGGGGGAACAACUAAUGCAAGUGUAAAAACAAACAAAAAACCAACAAUAACAAAAUAAUACUGAAAAAAGGACUAUUUAUAAAGAAGCAAAAAAGCAAGCUAAAAUAAGCAUUUUUAUAAAUAUUUUUUUAGAUUCUUUUUUAAUAAUUCAUUAAAAUACCUAUUAUUAUUGUAUAACAUAAUCACAAUACAGCAUAUUUACUAUAAAAACAAAUGAGGAAUACGCCAUUCCCAUUAAUUAAUCUAUUCAAAAAUUGUUGCUUUAAUAAAAGAAAACAUACAACGUUUAGCUAUAUUAAAGCAACUCAACAAA